AUGGCAACGGAUAACAAGUUCUGGGGCUGGCUGGGACACGAUCGCGCGUCCGCCAAUGGUAACAUGGUCUGGGCCGAAUACGAGCCGAAGCCCUUUGAGACAACGGACGUCGAAAUCAAAAUUACCCAUUGCGGUGUUUGUGGCUCUGAUCUCCACCAUCUCCGGUCCGGCUGGCGGCCUGCAGACUACCCUCUCUGCGUUGGGCACGAGAUUGUCGGCAUAGUCGUCCGCGUGGGCUCGGAUGUUAGCGGUCUCGCUUUGGGCGACCGAGCUGGAGUGGGUGCUCAAUCUGGGGCUUGUCUCAACCAAGAUGGCGACUGCAAGGCUUGUGCUGAAGGUAUCGAACAAUACUGUCCGAACCAUACCAUUACCUAUGAUGCGAGAUUCCCAGACGGGAGCAAAGCAAACGGCGGAUAUGCGGACUUCUGGCGCGGUCCGGGCGCAUUUGUCUUUCUAAUUCCAGACUCAAUUCCCUCGGAUGCUGCAGCGUCUAUGCUCUGUGGCGGCAUAACUGCAUUCUCCCCACUCCUGCAGCACCGCGCCGGUCCCGGGAAAAGAGUCGGGGUCAUUGGGAUUGGUGGUUUAGGUCAUUUUGGCAUCAUGGCCGCAAAGGCUCUUGGCUGUGAAGAAGUCGUCGCAAUCUCUCGCUCAAGUUCAAAGAAAGAAGACGCAUUCAAAAUGGGUGCUACAAGAUUCAUCGCAACGGAUGAAGACAGCAACUGGGCGACAUCGGAGGCCUGCACAUUGGAUCUGAUCUUGUGUACUGUGUCAUCCGCCGACAUGCCUAUAGAGGGGUACAUGGGUCUUCUUGACCUGAACGGACACUUUGUUCAACUUGGUGCCCCAGAAGACAAAACACCGCCGUUCAGCAUGUUCGUUCUACUCUCUCGGCAUCGGAGUAUGAGUGGAAGCUUGAUAGGCGGGCGCAGCCAGAUCAGGCAUAUGCUAGACUUUUUUGCGGAAAAGAACAUUCGGCCAUGGAUUGUCAACAUCCCCAUGAAAGAUGCGAACAAGGCGAUACGGGACUUUGAAAAAGGCGCAGCUCGGUACCGUUAUGUCCUGGUUAACGAGAAGCAUAUAAAAUAG